AUGCUAAUCGAUAUCAACCUGCUAAGGAAUGGACAUCCGAAGCACGGCGCAGAAACCAACUCCCCUCUGUCGUCAGAGGGACCAGCAUUGAGUAGCCUCGGCUUCUACUCGACUUUCAAUAUUCUGUACCCUACGAAUCACCCAGCCCUGGCGCUCAAACCAACCGUCAUCACGGGGACCUACACAGAUCACCGAAGGUGGAUGGAGACGUAUCACGGCCACGUCCGCACCCCAGCGGACGCCAUCAUCCUCUUCGAAGCUUGUCGCAUUGGCCUUCUCCCCCGAGUACAACGACGACUGUCGGAAAAAGAACGUCAGUUAAUCCGCUCGGGUUCAGUUUUUGUCUGGGAUGAAAGGGAGGCGGGUAUGCGAAGAUGGACCGAUGGCAAAUCCUGGAGUGCGAGCCGGGUCUCUGGCAGUUUCCUAACUUAUCGCGAAAUGGAGGGCAAGCGAGGAGGAACUGGUGUGGCACAAACGACAAUGUCAAGAGGGGGAAAGACCCCAGAUAGUGCGCGAGGCAGCGACGACGAUCGGGGGGACGGCGUGGACGAAGGACCUGAUGGCUAUCGAUAUAAACCCGAUGGAUUGAUGAAACAGUCGUUCAGCAUCACCACCUCGACCGGACAGCAUCUCCAUCUCAUCAGCUAUUACUCAAGAUCGCACCCGUCUGCUGCCAAUCUCCAGCAACCUUCAACAGAUCCGGCCUUGCGACAUGUUCGACCCCAGAAGGGACUCUACCCAGAAUCUACGGUCAACGAUCAGCAGAAUCUUCCUGUCGUGACUCGUGGCCCCAUGGCCGGUGCAGCCUACGUACCUCCUCAUCCGAUGGGGCCGUAUGCUCGCGCCGCUGCUACGCAUGCUCCCCCAUACACGACGUCGUACACAUGGCCACCAACUCCCCUGGCCACGCCGCCUGUUCCGGUUCAUCACUAUCCCUCAUAUCUACCUCCAGUUCCGGCCGGUAGUCAUGUCGCAUAUUCUCAUCAUCAUCAUCAUCAUCAUCCUGCGUCCUUACCACCAGGUACUCCUCUACCGCCACCUCCGCAGCCCCCCGGUUUGCAAACGCCCCACGAGCGACCAAUUCAUGCGGUUGAGGUUGCGAUGCCUCCGGCCUUGCCCCCAUCGUCUGUACAGAUGCUUGCAAGUCGGUCGCCACGCACACCAGUUGAAGCGCACGAGAUGCUGCAUCGAAGCCCGUCAGAGCUCGCACACCACGCGGAUAUUCGACGUGCGUCUCCACGCACGCAACCACAUCCUCUAUCACACAGCAACGGCCUUGGCCCGGCUGUGCGGAGCCCCCGGCUUUUGAACCAGCCUCCAUCCAACGCCAUUCAUAUCCCUCCCCCGAGUGCGGUGGUCUCCAAGCCUCUCGAGCCUAAUAGCUCCGGCAUUGCUGUACCCAGCAUUGGUUCCCUAAUGAACGGCGCACCGUCUGGCGGAUUACCCUCAAUAACCGCUCCUCCAGUUCCGGCAACAGGGCGAGCGGAGGGGCCCAAGGACAUCCCUAGCGAAAAGAUCGGAUUCGGUGGGGAAGAUAUGCGGGCUCUCAGACAACUUGAUCGAGUUUUCACAGCUUAAGCAGCCAAUGGUUGAGAUAUGUCUCUCACUAUCAUUCAUCAUCUUCGCAAGCUGUUGUCACUUCGUUGUGUUGUCGCUAGCAUCAAUCUUCUCGCGUCUGCCUUAUAUCCCUUGUUUCUUGUACAUGAUUUAGCAUUUUGCACCCGGUUGAGCUAUUCAGAUUGAAAUGGUCAUGCCCCCCAGCCCUACGACAUUGUUUCUAUUCUCCAUUCGGUCUGGUUUAUGGUGUUGUUUUUGGUCUUAUUUGCACAGAAUCGGCGUUGUACAAAGAGGUGCAUUACUAUACAGCAUGGGUGGGAUUUUUUAUAUGUCACGGGUGACUUCUUUUCAAUCCUGCGUUGAGGUCGAGAAUUGCAAUGGGAUCGGUCAGUCCGGUGACUAGUCACGAUGAUAACGUUGAAUUUAUAAGAAACAUCUUAAAUUC